GGCAGAGGCACAUCGGGCUGGACUCCGGGCAGAGGCACAUCGGGCUGGACUCCGGGCAGAGGCACAUCGGGCUGGACUCCGGGCAGAGGAACAGGGCCCCCAGGCGGGGCGGCAGGCACCGGGCCCCCAGGCGGGGCGGCGGGCACCGGGCCCCCAGGCGGAGCGACGGGCACCGGGCCCCCAGGCGGAGCGACGGGCACAGGGCCCCCAGGCAGGCGAGCGACGGGCACAGGGCCCCCAGGAGGGGCUGCGGGCACAGGGCCCCCAGGCGGGGCUGCGGGCGCCGGGCCCCCAGGCGGGGCAGCGGGCGCCGGGCCCCCAGGAGGGGCGACAGGCAUCGGGCCCCCAGGCGGAGCGACAGGCAUCGGGGCCCCAGGCAGAGCGGCGGGCACCGGGUCAUCAGGCACGACAGCGGGCACUGGGUCACCAAGCAUCAGGUCAUUUGGCUUGCCAGCGGGCACCGCGUCAUCUGGCAAGGCAGUGGGCACCGAGUCACCAGGCACGACAGUGGGCACUGGAUCGUCUGGCUCGACAGCGGGC